GAAUAAUAAUGUAAACCACUUUUUAAGCAACAAUGCCAAACAUGUAAAUUAAAUAUGCUUCGGUUUUCAACUGUUGGUUAGGACAAAAUAAGCAAUUUGAGGACCUGACAUUUAUACAGUUUCAAUGUUUUAUUCACCAAAUGAUUCAUCAAGAGAACAAUUAGCAGACUGAUAAAGAAAAUUAAAGGUAGCUGCAGCUCUUCUCAUAAGUUACUAUACAUGAGAUCAUGCAUUAUUUUUGAAAGCAGACACUUGUCUCACUUAAAACUCUGUCUAUGAAUAUAAAGAGAACAUCUUGUUUGUUUUGCAAUGCAAAAUUUGAGGGGGAUUACUGCUGCUGUGAUUGGUAGGAAGCACCUGACGUCAUGGUAGUAUAAUACCCAAAUCCCACGGUUAAUGGUAGGUUGUUUGUAGUUUUUGCCCUCAAACGACAUCAGCGACAUGGGAUGUACAAAGUUUAAAUAUUAAUGUAAUUACAGCAUUACAUUACAUAUCAAAGUAUUUUUAGGUUACAUAAGACUACACUGCUCCUCCUUUAGGAGAUCAUUACUGUUAUUUGAUAGGUCCCCUAACCCGGAAGUCAAGUGUGUUCUUGUGACAUUUCAAAUCAAAAGCCUCGUACAAACCUUAAUCGAGAUAGAGAGGUGUAAGUCAACAACACCCAGUCUCUGUCAUUAAAGAAGUAACGUUAAUACAUUCUAAUAAAAUAUAUGGGCAAUAUAAUUCACAGCUAAAUUUCUCUUUCGGGCCGAAUACUGAAAGUCGAAACACAACCCCAGCUAACUCAGCUGUCAAAUGUUGUUGGCUAACGUUAGCUAGCUAACUCGAAGCAAAGAGUUUCGCUUACAGAUACAGAAAUAGCGUAAGAGCUAAGCGCCUAAUAACAGCGGCGAAAAUAGCUUCUCAAUCUCUACAAAUUUCGUGACGACCUCGCAGAAGCUUUUGACAUUUCUCAUUUAACUUAUGGCUACUUUUAGCUGAUUGAGACAAGCUACCUUAGCUAAUGCUACUUCACUGUCUGGCUGGUGUUUGUGCUCGUGCUCGUUUGCGGACUUUUAUAACAAGUGAACCGGUUUUAUUUACAGUCCUAACCAUGACUUGUGCAGGACACGAAGACGACCCGUUCCCUGUUGACGACUGUCUGUUUGCGGACACAUUUUCUCAAGAUACCGUGUACACUUUAGUCGGCCAGGAGCUAAGGAUACGACAGGUGUUCGGUGCCAACCUCGGCGUGGCUGCCCCGGUGUGGGAAGCUGCGUUAAACUUGUGUCGUUACUUGGAGGAGCAGUCGGUGGAGUUGAGAGGGAAGCGCAUCAUAGAGCUGGGAGCAGGGACUGGUGUGGUUGGUAUCUUGGCAGCACGCCUCGGUGCAGACGUGACCCUCACAGAUCUUCCUUUGGCUCUCCCACAACUUCAGGCCAACGUCUCUGCGAACAUGCCAUCAGAUGGUUGGCCUUCUACCCCUCCCGCCGUCCUCCCUCUGUCCUGGGGUGAGGACCACAUGAACUUCCCCUCUGACUGGGAUCUGGUUCUCUGUGCAGAUAUAAUUUACCUCCCAGAGACUUAUCCACUGCUAGUGGAUACACUGGCUCAUUUGUGCAUGAACGUAGCAGUGGUGUAUCUCUCCUCCAAAAUGCGAAAAGAGCACGAGACUCCAAGUUUCUAUGAAGUAUUUCUACCCAGCAGAUUUAAUGUGGAGCUUGUGCACCGUGAUGACAAUCAAAACAUUAAUAUCUACAGGGCAUCCCUGAGGAAAGACCAGUGACAGCAGGGACAACCUGCUGGGACUUGGAUUAGUUACUGUACUGGGACCAGUCAUGACUCUGGUUUCUUGGGUGCCUUUUUAAAAGAUUUAAACCAAACUAACUAAAAACAGUAAAAACAUCACUGUGCAAAAUGCACAUCUGUCAGAGACAACAGCUCCUUGUUUUCGGAUAAUCUAAUGUUGAUGUCAACCUUCUAUCAAGUGGCUAAUUCAUCACUUAAAAGUACUGAGUUUUAACUGAUUUUGUUUUUUGUACUGUAAGCUACAAUUUUGUGUCUUAUAAAGCAACCACAACUUGUUACACUAAUUUAUAUACCCUCAUAAACACAUUAGAGAGCUUGCUCCUAGUGGGUUUUCCUUGUAUUGACAAAUGUUCAGCUAAUCAAUCUGUUGUAAUUCUACAGACAUUAAAUGUAUGUGCUAAAUUUAAUGUCAGAAAUCAGGUCAGAGUUGAGUUUACAUGGUCUUUUGACCAAAUAGUGGAGCACUGUUAAAUAACUACUUCUUAUUUACUUAGUUGAACAUUGGUUUGUUUAAAUGAAGUGGUACUUUUAUUUAGAUAUUUAUAUGGCUAUUAUACUGACCAUUUUCAGUCACUUAAAAACCUGUAAUAGCUAUUAAUAUUUACUUGUUACUUGUUACAAAAUAAUCAUAUUUUCUUGUCUUUUUCUUGGGGUUUUGGGCCCCCUGUAUCACCUCACACAACAUAUCCAAAAUCAGAAUUUUAAUGGAACUGAUUAAAUAUGGUAGCCUAAAUAUUUUUUCAUUUUCUGUCACCAGCACUAAAUUACAAGUUGUGAGCACACAUUUUUAUAUAGUUUGCAACCAGUCAUCAAAACAUGUACAGGUUCUCUUUGUGGUUUUACAGAAAUCAGCCUAAGGUUAUGUUAAUGACGUGAAUGUCAGAGUGACUUGGUUCUCAGCCUCUCAUGUCUUGUCAUGACUUGUUGUCACUCCCACAGAGAUCAUCUCCGCCGGUACAGCUUCAGCCUGCGGUGCAGGUUUGCUUAUCAUCACGUGACUGGAAAAUUCAGGUUUUUUAAUUGCUCGGUUUUGAUUCCAUGUCGUCAAUGCCAUGCACAGUGGCAAUGACAACAAUCUCAGGCAACUUCUGCCCUACUUCUAAAAAUUACAUCUCACAUUUCUUUUCCACAUGACUGAUCGCCCCCUCAAUUAAAACACUUGACCAUCUUAAUGGGUUAAUUAAUCAGUACAGAUGACACAACAGUCUCUUUGUGCAUUCUCAGAGAUCCCAGCAAGGAUGUUGAGCAUGUUUCAAAGAGAGCUGAGCUGCGUUACCUUCAGAUUACACUGAAAACAAGUCACAUUGAUCACAGCUGAAAACCAAUUUUCUCAUUAAACUGUUUACUAUAAGUGACUGUCUUACAUGAAUACUCCACUUUGUGCUUAAGUUAUAACAGUUUUAUUAAUUUUAUGAGACGUGUGUAUGAGUUUUUUCUGUGGUCCUCUAGUCUGGGGCCGUUAGUGGCCGUUUUGGUAAGGAAACGGAACCAGGGCGAGUGAGACAGGAUCCGGAAUUCGAUGGAUGUGCCUUUCCGUAAAAAUAAAAGCACCAAGCUAAUAAAAAUGUGGUGAAACUUUUAAUUUAAAGAAUAUAAUUUACAAGAAAAGCCCCAAGCCAUUAAGUUAAUCGAUUUUCUUACACCCCUCAUCACCCCAAAUCGAUGGUGCGCCAGAAUUUAAAGUUUUACUAUGGUGAACACUUUUAGUUUGGUGAAUUUGGUGAAUACCGCAUCCGCUCCCUAGACCGGAACCAGAAUCCAGACAAAAUUCAGAGUGACACCAGGGAGGCUAGUGGUCCUCUGAAUAGUUUGAAGUAGGCGGGGCUCUGUUGGAUCCUGCAUGCACCAAUCAGGGUUAAAGCCAUAUUUGGAUUAAAAUCGGAUGACAUCUUUGGGAUCGUUUGCUUUUGUUGCUGCAGGCCACUGCCCACCAAGUGUGAUCCAGCCACACCCACACUAUCCUGAUGAAGCUGAUUAAUUGAGUUUGAGUGUUAAACUUAAAUCAUGCCCAAGG